GGCGCGAGAAGCAGCAACAGCAGGAGCAGCAGCAGCAGCAGCAGCAGCAGCCCAGAGCCAGAGAGGCGGGGAAGAGGCCGGCGGAGAAGGAACUUUCUCCCCCGGGAAAGCCAUGGCUCCUCCGGCGCGCUGAGUGAUCCUGAAUGUAUCUGAACAUUCUUGAAGCAAAGAUUUUCAGAAGUAGGUAUUGGAACCAUUGAUGGACAUCUGCUUUCACGGCAUGGCCCAGAUAUCUGGCAACAAUGAACUCAGACCAUGUUCAUCACCAUCUUUGGGUACAGCAAAGGCAAAAGAAGUGGACAAAGAAGAGGCACUACAGAUGGAGGCUGAGGCUCUGGCUAAGAUGCAAAAGGAAAGAGUGGUGUCCAGUAAUAGACAAAGUAUUGACACUUUAAGCAAAUCCUGGCCAAAUGUCCACUCCUGCCGAAAACAGGACCAUGAUCUUAUGGUGUUUCCAGAGUCGGAUGCCAAGAAAAAGAUGAAUGAUAAGUUAAAUACAGUGGACAUAGAGAAACUUACCCAUGCUGAACUGGAGAAACUGCUACUAGAGGAAAAUCUUGAAUCCAGCAAACCACCAACACUGCCAGCAACUCCUGGUCUGAGCCCGUCGUUCUCGUCACAGUUUUAUGCUAACCCUACCAUUCAAAGAGGACUGUGGACACCUGGGUUGCUUGGGCCUGCUGCUUGCACUGUACCUUCUAAUUAUGCAGCACCUUCUUUCAGUAAACAAGUUGGUAUCUUUCAGAAUGGCUUCCAUCCAGGAAUGUCAACUUAUCAGUCUACAAAGCCUAUUUAUCUUAGUCUUCCAGAGGGGUCCCAGUACAUUUCAUACGCACUGCCAAGCACUACAACGUUCCAUCCACAACGAAGUCUACCUGUAUUUCAUCCAACACUUACCCCUGAAAUGGCCAAGGUGUUUGAUAAGAUAGCAAGCACUUCAGAAUUUCAAAAAAAUGGGAGAUCGAGCACUGACUUAGAAGUGACUGGUGCUAAAUCUACAGUUAAUUUGCCAGCCCCUGAAAGCUCCAAUGAUAUCAGUAAAUUUGAUUGGUUGGAUUUGGAUCCUUUAAGUAAACCAAAAGGGGACAGUAUGGAGAUACUAUAUAAUGCAGAAGAUGGUGGAAAGGAGACCUGUAAUACAGUUGUCGAAGAUCCUUGGGAUGCUGUGCUGUUAGAGGAGAAAUCCCCAGGAAAAUGCCAUCAUGAAAGAAAACUUAGUGGGAAAUCUACUUCUGGUGCAACGGUUACAAGAAGUCAGUCUUUAAACAUUCGAACUGCGCAGCUUGCUAAGUUGCAGGGCCAAACAUCACAGACAGACUGUGGGACCACUAGCCUGCCAACAGGAAAUAAACUUCUGAAAAAUGUUGAAGGGCAAAAUCAAGAACAAGCAGCAUUCUGUGAAGCGAUUGCAAAGCUGAGGACCAAGUUUCCACAUAAUAAUCAUGAUACAAACCCAGGCUUCGUUUUGAGUCCAGUCAUGUUGCAACGAAACAUCAGUGGAGAAAACUCAAGCAUCAAGAUUUCAAUCGAAAUAGAGGGUUUUCAACAGCCAGUGACAUUUACAUGUGAUGCAAGUUCUCCAGUUGAGCUCAUAAUAAUGCAGGCACUUUGCUGGGUGCACGAUGAUUUGAAUGAUGUAGACAUUGGCAGUUAUAUCUUGAAAGUUUGUGGGCAAGAAGAAGUUUUGCAGAAUAAACAUAGUGUAGGAAGCCAUGAAUACAUACAGAACUGCCGCAAAUGGGACUCAGAGAUUAAACUGCAGCUCCUGACCUACAAUGUUAUAUGCAGAGACCUGGCACGAACAGCUGAUGAUGAUGGGACACAAAUAGAUUUGACCAAGCAUCUGAGUAAUGUAGAAAAACUCUUCAGAGAAAGCAUUCAGAGCCAUUCUCUUGAAGAGCUCUUAGAAGCUUAUCAUAAUCAAGUUGCUAUUCUUCUUAAAAAGGAGAAGCAGCUCAAAGCAGUAGAUCCAGUCAUUAAAGCUGUCAGAAAGAUUUGCUGUACAUUGGAUGGAGUAGAAACUCCUGCCAUUACAAUGGCUGUAAAGAAGCUGAGAAGAGCAGUUAACCUUCCACGAAGUAAGAGUCCUGAGGUGUCAUCUGAUGAUGUUAGCAAGAAUUCCACUGGUUCACUGCAAACUGAAAACCCUCUACAAGUGAGCCUAGAUCAGUUAACCACAGCAGUCUACGCCCUCCUUGAGCUCCACCUGAACUCAUGCAAUAGUUCUUCUUUGAACACUCCAGAGACUGAGAGAAGCACUAAAGAGGCUUGGACUGCCACAGAGCACCUCCAGUUCACAGUAUUUGCUGCUCAUGGGAUUCUCAGUGGCUGGGUCUCUGUUUAUGAAAAAUACUACUUAGUUUGCUCUCUGACCCAUAACGGAAAAGAUCUUUUUAAACCUGUCCAGUCCAAGAAAGUUGGAACAUACAAGAACUUUUUCUAUUUGAUUAAAUGGGAUGAACUGAUAAUUUUCCCUAUCCAGAUUUCUCAGUUGCCAUUAGAAUCCAUCUUAUGCCUUACUCUCUUUGGAAUAUUAAAUCAAAAUAGUGGUAGUUCUCCUGACUCAAAUAAGCAGCGGAAAGGCCCAGAGAUGUUGGGUCAAGUUUCCUUCCCUCUCUUUGAUUUUAGACGGAUGUUAACUUCUGGAACAAGACUUUUACAUAUUUGGACACCUUCCACAAGCCUUGUUUCUGGAGUAGCCCAUAAAAAAGGAAACCUAAUGGAAAGGAUAGUGUUGCAGGUUGACUUUCCUUCUUUGCCAUUUGAUAUUAUAUACAAAAAUCCUGAAGCUGCAAAUGGCUCCACAUGUAAUUCCAUAGAAACACUGGAAAAAGAUUCAAGAGAGCGUCUUAUUACCAUUCUUUCCAAACAGGGUACAGUUGGCCUGUCUAGAAAGGACAAAGCAUUUCUGUGGGAGAAAAGACAUUACUGCCAUACAGAUGUAAAUAGCCUUCCAAAGGUUUUAGCCUGUGCUCCAAACUGGGAUUUGACAACUCUCCCUGAAAUAUAUUUGCUACUUCAGCAAUGGCCUCCCUUACCUCCUCUGACUGCAUUAGCAUUACUAGACUCCAAUUUCGCAGAUCAGGAAGUAAGAACAAAAGCUGUGAAGUGGAUUGAGGCAAUCAGCGAUGAUGAAUUGGCUGAUAUUCUACCCCAGUUUGUGCAGGCACUGAAAUAUGAAACUUACCUGGACAACUCUCUAGUCAGAUUCCUUUUAGCCCGAGCAUUAGGAAAUAUUCGAAUAGCACACUAUUUAUAUUGGUUACUGAAGGAUACCCUUCAUGAUAUUAAACAUGGUGUAAUGUAUGAGCAUAUCCUUGGUGCCUUCCUUUCAGUCUGUGGCAAAAGACUGAGAGAAGACCUGGAAAAGCAGACGAGACUAGUACAAAUACUGGGAAUGGUUGCAGAAAAAGUAAAGCAAACAAAUGGAUCCGCCAGACAGGUUGUCUUGCAAAAUGGAAUGGAACGUGUUCAGUCCUUUUUCUUAAAAAAUAAAUGUCGUUUGCCACUCAGUCCCAGCCUUGUAGCAAAAGAACUGAAUGUUAAGGCAUGCUCCUACUUCAGUUCAAAUGCAGUACCUCUUAAAAUUGCUCUAGUGAAUGCAGAUCCCUUGGGAGAAGAAAUUAAUGUCAUGUUUAAGGUUGGAGAAGACCUACGUCAAGACAUGCUGGCAUUGCAAAUGAUAAAAAUUAUGGAUAAGAUUUGGUUACAGGAAGGACUAGAUUUGCGGAUGGUUCUCUUCAAGUGCCUUUCUACUGGCAAAGACAGAGGGAUGGUGGAGCUUGUUCCAGCUGCAGACACACUUAGGAAAAUUCAGGUAGAAAAUGGUGUGACUGGGUCCUUCAAAGAUAAGCCUCUUGCUGAAUGGCUAAGAAAAUACAAUCCCACAGAAGAAGAAUAUGAAAAGGCUUCUGAAAACUUCAUCUAUUCUUGUGCGGGAUGUUGCGUAGCCACCUAUGUCCUUGGUAUCUGUGAUCGCCACAAUGACAACAUAAUGCUUCGAAGUACAGGACAUAUGUUCCAUAUUGAUUUCGGAAAGUUUUUGGGACAUGCACAGAUGUUUGGAAGCUUUAAGAGGGAUCGGGCUCCUUUUGUGCUGACAUCAGAUAUGGCCUAUGUUAUCAAUGGUGGGGAAAAGCCUACAAUUCGCUUCCAGCUGUUUGUUGAUCUCUGCUGCCAGGCUUAUAACCUGAUAAGGAAACGAGCCAACAUUUUCCUCAGUCUGCUGUCACUGAUGCUAUCCUCUGGGUUACCAGAACUUAAUGGUAUUCAAGACUUGAAAUAUGUCCAGGAUGCUCUUCAGUCCCAAACAACAGACGCUGAAGCUACCAUUUUGUUUACAAGACUAAUUGAAUCAAGCUUGGGAAGUGUUGCUACAAAGUUCAAUUUCUUCAUCCAUAACCUUGCUCAGCUGCGUUUUUCAGGCCUGCCUUCCAAUGAUGAGCCCAUUCUGUCUUUUUCUCCCAAAACAUACUCACUUAAGCAAGACGGCCGUAUCAAAGAAGCAUCUGUGUUUACAUACCACAAGAAAUACAGUCCAGACAAACAUUAUAUCUAUGUUGUCAGAAUUUUAAGAGAGGGGCAAAGUGAACCCACAUUCAUUUUUCGGACCUUUGAUGAAUUCCAGGAAUUCCACAACAAGCUUGGGAUCCUGUUUCCUUUGUGGAAAUUACCAGGCUUCCCUAAUAAAAUGGUUUUGGGAAGAACUCACAUAAAGGAUGUGGCAGCCAGGAGGAAGGUAGAACUAAACAGCUACAUACAAAGUUUGAUGAAUGCCUCAACGGAUGUAUCAGAGUGUGAUCUUGUCUAUACUUUCUUUCAUCCCUUGCUACGUGAUGAAAAAGCUGAAGGAAUUGAUGGAAUAGCUAAGUGUACAGAUGUAAGCCCUGCAAGUCCUGUGUCAGGCAAAGUAGGAGGCGAAGUUAAGUUGUCCAUCUCCUAUAGAAACAGCACUCUGUUUAUCAUGGUGAUGCACAUUAAAGAUCUGGUUACUGAUGAUGGGGCAGACCCAAAUCCCUAUGUGAAAACUUACCUGCUCCCAGAUAUACAUAAAACAUCUAAAAGAAAAACAAAAAUAUCACGGAAGACGAGAAACCCAACUUUCAAUGAAAUGCUUGUGUACAGUGGCUAUAGCAAGGAGACAUUGAAGCAAAGGGAGCUUCAGCUGAGUGUACUCAGUGCAGAAUCGCUGCGUGAGAACUUUUUUUUGGGUGGUGUCAUUCUUUCCUUAAAGGAUUUUAACUUGAACAAGGAGACCGUCAACUGGCAUCGGCUUGCUGCAGUACCAUACUUGUGAACCUCAUAACUUAUAGAGGUGAAAAGAACAGAUGCACCUCAGCUCCAUUUGUAUUUGGUCACAGUUUCCUACUUGAAGAUAACACAAACACUUUGGCAUAAGCCACUGCAGUCCAGCACUUUGCAGUUGGACCAGCCAUCAACAUUUUUAAACACAACUUUGGGCAAACCAUCUCCACUUAUGCUUUUUACUGUAAUAAUAUUCAAGCAUUGAUGUAAAUGAAUUGUACAAAUGUAAUAUCUGUGGAUAAUGAAGUUCUAAACCAUGCUUAGAUGUCCCAAAUUAAAACUUGAGGAGGUUUUCUAGUUUCAGUUUGAUCACAUUUUGAUUGCUUUGUACUCCUGCUGUCAUUUGAAAAAAUCCCAAGUUUAAAAAACGACUCAAACUGUCAAAAGGGAGAUUUGAAUAAGCAAUCAAAUUAGCCCUCGUAUUCAUUAAACCUUUUUGAGGCUGUAAUCGGAAUGAGUGCCAAUGAUGAAUGUUCUAAAUAAUGGUGCCUUAUUUUGCCAUUAAACUGCUUCUUAUACCUCAUACCUGAUAAUUAAAAAAAUUAUCUUUUUUGUUAACAAGCUUUUUUACCAAGCUCUUUUUAAAAAGAAUGUGGCACUCUCCGUUUUAUUUAACAUUUUCCCUUCAACGUAUUAUAUUUUCUGAGAACAAACUUAAAUGAACUGACAGUUACUUGUUUUGCUUUGACCAUUUUUGUACACUCUUAAAUAAUAAUUUCAUUAACUGUACAUAUUAUAUGGCUGCAAACCCAAGUGGUUUUAUGCCAUGGUUGACUACAAAGCACAUACUUCUUUAGAAAUUAGGUAUCACUGAUAUUUUGCCGGGGUUUUUGUUCAGUUCCCAGGUCACAUGUCCAAUAUAAAUUACGGUACCCAUUAGCCCUAUAUAGCUGAAACAUCUGAUUCAAAGUGUGGAAGGCCAGAGCAUUUGUUGUUGGUUGAGUCUAAGUUGCACUUGAAAUAUUGGGUGAUGAAAUUGAGAGUGACAACUUGAGCUAGCCUUAAGAGGUGUUGAGCACUCUUAUGACUACUCUUAGUAAUCCACUAUGUAUCCUAUCCCAUUUCUGCGGCAAUUGGCUCGCCCUUAUAGGAAUGAGUGAAAGAAUCUGUACACAUUUCUGGGACCCUGCACAUAAAUGCAAUUUAGUAACUCCAAUAAAAAUUAGCAGAUUUAGAAAGGCAUUUAAAUUGCACAAAACGUUUCAUACUGAAGCCCUAUCAUUUUUGUAUAAAGACGACACGGUGUGUCACCUUUAUACAACUGCCUAUAACAAUGAACGUAAAGUAAAAUAAUGCAAUGGUAAAUGAGAGUAAAUACUUAACGUAAUACAAAGAUCAUUUUGGAUAUGACAAGACAAUGACAAUCUUUCUUGCACAAUGAAACUAAAAUGCAAUCUAAUUUAUUUCCUUUAUAAAGUAUAGUGAAGUACUUGCUUUUGAACCUAGUAUAACAAGUAGAAGGGAGGAAUGGACAGAACAUUUGGGGUGCCUGAAACUUUCAUGGUCCAACUGUAUGCAGAUACCUUGGAUUGUUUUCUCAGUGUUAAGACCGCAUUAUUGCUCAUUAUAACCUUUUGCCAUUUUAGAGCAACAGACUAAUUCUAUUAGCUACAAUAAACAUGUAAGUAGUGACCUAUUUAGAAAAAAUAGAAUAAACUAACUAAAAGAUUGUAUUUCCUGCACACUUGAUGCUUUUGAGAUGCAUUCCAGUCCACCAAAAGGAUCAUAAGUCACAUACACACAGGAAAGUAAGCUACUGCUUUUAUGAAAUGUUCUAUUAAAUUAACUCAAAGCAAUAGGCACUGCAUUGUUGCAGUUUGUUAUUAAAGCACAGUAUGUGAACAGCACAAAACGACAGAUUUAAAAGACUUGUAGCAGUGGUUUGCAGCUGCAGCUUUUGGCUGGAUGUUGGUUGGAAUAUGCCCUGUAUCUUACAGUAGCAUUUUCUUUUGUAGCUGAUGCCUGUGCCUUUUAUCCAACUUCGUCACUUUUCAGAUUAAGUACACAUUGACUUAACACUUUCUAGACAGAUGUUUUAAAAGCUGUUCUUCAAUUAACUAGUAACAAAUGAAAAUUGUAGUAGAGAAACAUUAACUUUGCCUCUUUUCAGAUUAUUUACAGUGGUGUGAUACUCAAACAAUAAAUAAUUGUCCACAUUUGUGGGGGGGGGGGACCAUUUUGUAUUACUAAAGCUGACAGACACAAAAGGGGAGGAGGUAAUACUUGGGAUAAAAUUUGACUCUUUAAUAAACAACAUUUUUAAAGUGUAGUCUCAUAGCAUUUUUAUACUUUAUUAAUCAAAUAAAACCUUAUGUAUUGUAUGGACUGCAGCUACAAAUGUGUGUCUUAUGUACAUUUAUUUUGUCACUUUGAGGAAUACAUGUUGCUGUAAAAUAAUCACUUCCACAUUUUCUGUACUAUAUAACUUGGCUAUGACUUUGCACUGAAUUUUUUAAUAUUACUGCCUUUUUAUGAUAUACACAGAUAUAUAUAUAUGAAAGCAUGAAUGAUCUUUGAUAUUUCUCUUUUUAAAAUUACAAUGGUAUAGACAUCUUAGCAUCUUGCCUUAAGCCUGAGUGCUUUUCUAGGAGACUGACUGUAAAUGCAGCUUUCAAAGUUAAUUCAGAUAUUUGCAUAAUGUGGUGGCCACAGUCUAAUACAGAAUUAAUAUAUGCGUAGGUCUGUAUUGAAUUGUACCCAAUGCAUGCUGUAUGGAGGAAAAAUAAAUCAGGCAAUAUUGUACCAUUCUCACAAUCCAUAGGAAUUUAUUUUUCCUUUUUGGCUUUAUACUUUCAUACUGUGACUAAAAAUGCAGCAAAAGUUUAUAGAUAAUAAAAUGAAUUGGGAGCAAAUGUAGACAUUUUCCUUUAAAUGUCAAUUUAUCUGUAAGAACCAAAUAUUUCAGUUGAAUUACACUGAUAGCUAAUAAAGAUGUACAGUAUUUCUAUCAACAGCUUAACCCAUAAUAUAUGGGUUUAACGUGACUCCAUAACUGUCCUACAGUUACAUUAAACACUAUUCUGAAAUAACAAA